GGGUGGCGCCGCCUCGCGGAUGCUUUCUGUAACCUAGUCAGUAGGACGCUAGCAGACGACGCUAUAUGUAAUCGUAUGAGACAUUUCUGUUAGUUUACAGCAGGGACGAUUGAUAAUUAUUUUUAAAAUUUUAUGACGUGUCAUGAGCUUUUGUGGGACUGAACGGCAGCCCCUCCCAAGCUCUCUUGAUAGAUACCAGCUUUAAGAUGUUCGAGAGCAAGCCUAGAACUUGGUAGCGCGCGCGCAGUCCAACGCGGAUGCGCGGUUGCGCUGGUACUGCUUGCUGACUUUCUUUUGUUCUGGAUUUAGCGUGUGGCGAUUCUUUGUCUGUUGGUCCUGAUUAGUUUAAUCUAAUUUUAAUCUAGCAGCGUUAAGUUCGCAUUCAGCAGGGCGUGAGGGGACAACUGUGCACGCGCGCGUUGUCGUUGUGGUGGUAUGGAGCUCGCCGAUACCGACGCUUCCGUCCAAGUGACGCUUCCCCUCUCCAGUAUCAACGAGUACGUGGCACAGGAGUUUGCCACAUCUCGACUUCUGCUCGAGGGAGAAGCCGUACUGGAAGCUGGGCACGUUGUGACGUGCAGUGUUAAAGAAAAAGUUGACAGUAACAGCACGUUUGUAGGUUUCGUGCUGCAAACAUCGGCUUUAAGCAGAGACCCGCACGAGCUCGAGAUCGUGGUGAAAGAGAAGACAGUGGCAGCUGCAUCAUGCUCGUGCAAAGCAGGGAGCUACAAAUGCAAACACAUUGUGGCCAUGCUCCUGUACAUCCAUGCCACAAAGGUGUUUGAAAUCUUGUCGUCGACCGACCUGCCACAGCAGUGGGGGAAAAGUCAAAAACAGGGUGUGAAGGACAAGUAUGCACCCAGGCCAAUCAUUGAGCUUCCCUGCGUAAAGAAGAUCAAGACAGCGAGUGACGCAAGUCUGGAGGGAGACGUCCUGGGCAAGCUACUGCAGGGGCUCCCAUAUCGCUCUGCUGCUCACCGUCACCGCGAGGAAAUCCCCGUACAUGCUUUUCAGUGCAUCGAGCCAGAGGAGUCGCCAUCCCCACCACAGAGGCCAGCGACACUAACCGAGGCAUUAAGAAUGAUGAGCAGAGAUAAUCAAGCAUCUGAUGACAGCUUCUACGAAGCCCUCCAAGAAAUGUUUUCAAAGGCUGUUGUGGAAGAGAUUGCCACACUUACCAUCCAACAAGCAGAAUCGCCAAUAUGGAUGGAAUACAGGACUGGUCUGAUUAGUGCAUCUGUGGCCUACAGCGUCUACACGAGGGUGAAGACCUUGAGGACAAAAAUGGGUCCCCAUGAUUUGCGUCCCUUGUUCAAGGUCCUCAUGCGAGAGUCGACCUUCCAGUCAGCUGCAAUGGCAAGAGGGUCGCAAGACGAAAGCACUGCCAAGAGGAAGUACUUGCAGGAGUCAACCCACGCCAACCUCACGAUCCAAGACAGCGGGCUUCUGAUAAUGGAGUCAGACCCAUGUGUUGGGGCAAGUCCUGACGGGAUCGUCACUUGCGACUGUUGUGAACGUCGAUUGAUUGAGGUAAAGUGCACAGAUGGCAUGCAAGGUUUCAAGAGCAGAGAGAUGAUGAAGAACAGUGAUAAUCAUAUGCUUAAGAAAACAAGCAGGUAUUAUUGCCAGGUGCAAGUGCAAAUGGGUAUUGCUCAGAUUCGAAGCACAGACUUCUUUGUCUAUCAAGACGAGCACACGCACAUACUUUUUUCUGUGCAUUUUGAUGAAGUAUUUUUCAGAGAUGUAAUUGAGAGGGCGGUUUUCUUCUUUAAGGAGUAUAUGAUACCACUGAUUACUGCGGUUUAGCCUCCUAUGCACUGUUUUUGUGUAAUUCUCCGAUUUUACGCGACCGCCAAUUUAGCACUGUGAAACAGGAUGCUGAACCGAAAUUUGGAUUUACAAGGCUGCAGAAGUGUUCCAACAGGAUGCUAGAAGCCCCACAAUAU